AUGCGAACACUUUGUGACGUCUGUGAGAGCGCCGCUGCUAUUCUCUUUUGCGCUGCCGAUGAGGCUGCUCUAUGCCGAGUCUGCGACGAGAAGGUCCACAUGUGUAAUAAGCUCGCUAGCAGGCAUGUGAGGGUAGGGCUUGCUGACCCCAGUGAUGUUCCCCGGUGUGACAUAUGUGAAAAUGCACCAGCAUUCUUUUUCUGUGAGAUAGAUGGAACUUCCCUUCGUUUGCAAUGUGAUAUGAUUGUACAUUUUGGAGGUUUUCGGGUGGUGGAUCAUACAGAAAUGGCGGAGUUUGAGGGAUUUGCCAUCGGUAAUGGGCUUACAAAUUCCCAAAUACAGUACAAGGGCCCAAUUUUUAGGACUUGA